AUGCGCGCGACAUCCGUUUUGGCCGCCGCCUUGGCCCUGGCCUCUCACACUCUCGCCGGCAAGAUCAAGUAUCUGGGCGUCGCAAUCCCCGGAAUCGACUUUGGGUGCGACAUUGACGGCAGCUGCCCAACCGACACCUCGUCUGUGCCGUUGCUGAGCUAUAAGGGAGGUGAUGGCGCGGGCCAGAUGAAGCAUUUCGCCGAGGACGACGGCCUGAAUGUCUUUCGUAUUUCCGCUACAUGGCAGUUUGUCCUCAACAACACGGUGGACGGCGAGCUGGACGAGCUCAACUGGGGAUCCUACAACAAAGUCAUCGACGCCUGCCUGGUGACUGGUGCCUGGUGCAUGAUUGACAUGCACAACUUUGCUCGCUACAACGGCGGCAUCAUCGGCCAGGGAGGAGUUUCGGAUGACAUCUUUGUUAAGCUCUGGGUCCAGAUUGCAAAGUAUUACGUGGACAAUGACAAGAUUAUCUUCGGCCUGAUGAACGAGCCCCACGACAUCGACAUCAACAUCUGGGCCGAGACCUGCCAAAAGGUCGUCACCGCCAUCCGAAAGGCCGGCGCCACGUCCCAGAUGAUUCUCCUGCCCGGAACCAACUUUGCCAGUGUCGAGAGCUAUGUGUCCACCGGAAGCGCGGAUGCUCUCUCCAAGAUUACCAAUCCCGAUGGCAGCACCGACUUGCUGUACUUUGACGUGCACAAGUACCUCGACAUCAACAACUCGGGAUCGCACGUCGAGUGCACGCAGGACAAUGUCCAGGCCUUUGAGGAUUUCGCGACCUGGUUGAGACAGAACAAGCGACAGGCCAUCAUCUCGGAGACCGGCGCGUCUAUGGAUCCUUCGUGCAUGGUUGAUUUCUGCGCUCAGAACAAGGCCAUCAGCGCAAACAGCGAUGUGUACAUCGGCUUCGUUGGCUGGGGUGCUGGUAGCUUUGACACCACGUAUAUUCUGACCCUGACUCCUCUGGGCGAGCCCGGUAAUUAUACCGACAACAAGCUCAUGAACGAGUGUAUUCUGGACCAGUUUACCAUGGACGAAAAGUACAAGCCCACACCUACGUCUAUUUCAACGGCCCCGGAUGAGACCUCCACCUCCACCGCCGCCGCCUCCACGAACCCGGUCACAAAACCAUCACCCGACACCAACAAUGCCUCGGACGACAAGGACAAGGGCUCAGCAGCAACGCCAAGCACCCAGGCUCUGACCGGCACUGUCAUGCUGACAGUUGCUGCUCUUUGCUACAUGUUGGUUGUGGUUUGA